AUGUACAAAAGAUUUGCUCUAAUAAUUGAAGCAUAUCUCCGCGGUAAUGAUGAACAUAUUCGAACGGUUGUCAAACAGGUGGAAAUGGUGGAUUAUUUGCAUAGAUUGAGCCUACUUGUUAAAGGUAUCCGCGAAAAAGAAGCAGCGACGGAGCGCCUUCGAGAGGAAUUGCGGAAUAAUUGCCCAACCUUGGAAAGAAUCGACUCUCCUCUAGAUCCUAGUAAUGCGUUGGGACAACUGCGGAUAGACAAAUGUCGAGUGCUGGGAAGUGCUAAAAUGCCGUUACUACUUUCAUGGCAGAAUCGAAGUCCUUUGUCAGAAUACCAUCUGCCUACGUAUGAGAUCAUCUUUAAAAAUGGAGAUGAUUUGCGCCAGGAUAUGUUGGUAGUGCAAAUGCUUGAAUUGAUGGAUAGUAUCUGGAAAAGAAAUCAACUUGAUUGUUGUCUAAGUACUUAUCCUGUCCUUCCAAUGGGCACUAAGUAUGGCAUGAUAAGUGUGGUUCCAAAUUGCUCAACUAUCUUCGAAAUUCAGUCUGAAGGUGGAAAAGUGGGAACGGCAGUGAAGUCGUUGGAAACAACAUUCAUUAAUCGAUACAUUAAGAGUAUUAUGGAGUGUGUUGAUCGAUUUCUGAAUGUCUUGUGUUGCUACUCGGUGGGAAGUUCAUAUGGGAAUCAUGACCGGCACAAUGACAACAUUAUGAUGACUCGCGAUGGCAAGAUAUUCCAUAUUGAUUUCGGCCACAUUUUGGGCCACGGAAAAACGAAACUUGGAAUUCGACGUGAUCGUGUGCCGUUUGUGCUCACAGAGCAUUUUCUUUGUGUGAUUGGACAAGAUUCAAGAAGCUCUUGCUGCGACGCAUACAUGAGGUUAUGGGAAGAGCGCGACCUUUUUCUUUCUUUAUUCACUGUAAUGCAAUCAAUGGAACUGCCGGAGCUGUCAACUGAAGCUGACUUGGAUCACCUUAAGAGCACACUACGAGUAGCAUACCAUGAUGGUAUGAUGACAGAAGCGAGAGCGUUCUUCUCGGAGAUUUUCGACGAAGCCUUCAACGGCUCGUGGGCGACGAAAACUAAUUGGUUUUUCCAUGCCGUCAAGCACAUU